AUCAAAUUCGGCAGAAAUACAUACAACAUCGGCUCUCAAGCGAAGUAACCAUGUCAUCAUCGCCUUUCUUCAUUCCGGUGGACCUUGCACACACGGCUCUCCUUCUUUCAGAUGUGCAGACACAGAUUCUGAAGCGUUUUUCGCCUGAAAUUCAGAAACAGUAUCUUGACAACAUCAAAACCCUCCUUGGAUUCUUCCGAGAUGAAAUAUCGCAGCGUCGAUCCAAUCAAGACACCGCAAUACGAGGUGCACCUUACGAAGGCGUGCCUCUCAUUGUUCAUCACACUCUGCCGUUCAACAUCAACUCAAAUUCCUUUGUAUCGCCUUACAACAAGCUCAGUAAAUGGGUGAAACAACUCGAGGAUGCUGGUUAUUUCGCAAACGCACCCUCUGAUCCUCAUCAUCCAUACUAUGGUAUUCCAGAUGAGAUUGUACCACCUGGCGGCUGGGGCGGAAAGGACGAGAUUGUCUUGGGAAAGUUGCAACCAAGCUGCUUUGGUACAUCUGAUCUGCAAUCGUAUCUACGUGCACGUGGUAUUCGGCAUGUUGUCUUGGUAGGACUGACAACUAUGGGGAGUAUCUUAGGGUCAGCAAGAGCGGGCGCGGACUUGGAUUAUCACAUUAUUUGUGUCGAAGAGGGUAUCGUCGACGAUGAUCCAGAAAUCCACAAGUUCCUGAUGUCAAAGGUACUCCCAAAGUUUGUUGAUGUGGUUGAGCUCAAAGAUAUAUUGGGAUUGCAGUUGUGAAGCGGUUAUGGAGACACAGUUUCGAUGCUUUUGAAUGAAGUUCUUAUAUAAUACAGCAGUGAAUCUUUAAAGAUCUUUGUCACACAUAUCCUAUGAUAUAAUUAGGCAGCUCUUAUGAAGUAUCCCUUUAUAUUCAGAAUGACAGCACAACACGC